AUGAAGUUUUCAGGGUUUACAUGUUUGCUCUUCUUCUGUAGCUACCAAUUGACCUUUCUUUUACCAUGCAACGCCAACCAAAUUGACAACCUCAACAGAUUGAUCAAAACUAGAAGAUUUAAAACCAAUCGUUCUCCUCAUUCGCUAUCUUUCGCUGUUUCGGAUGUCGAGGAUCACGAAUUUUCUUCUCCAGUUUGUGUUGCACCCCAGGAUGGGUUGAAAGAAGCUGAUAAGAUUGAUACUUUGCCAGGACAACCUAAACUUAAUCCAGGAGAAGAAUUUAAUCAAUAUGCAGGCUAUGUUAGAGUGGAUCAUGUAGCUGGGAGAGCACUGUUCUACUACUUUGUAGAGUCACCUCAAAAUUCUUCAACAAAACCUCUGGUGUUAUGGUUAAAUGGAGGACCAGGAUGCUCAUCUUUUGGAUACGGAGCCAUGGAAGAAUUGGGACCUUUCAGAGUCAACAGUGAUGGAAAGACAUUAUUCCGGAACGAUCAUGCUUGGAACAAUGUGGCAAAUGUACUGUUCUUGGAGUCUCCGGCAGGAGUUGGGUUUUCUUAUUCAAACAACAAAUCGGACUACGAAAACGUCGGUGACAAGAGAACUGCAGAAGACUCUUACAAAUUUCUUGUUAACUGGCUAGAGAGAUUUCCUGAAUACAGAGAUAGGGAUUUCUUCAUAACUGGGGAGAGCUAUGCUGGUCAUUAUGCACCACAACUUGCUCGGACCAUUCUCUCAAAGAACAACUCCACAAAGAAAACAAAAAUCAAUCUCAAAGGCAUUGCGAUUGGGAAUCCUUGGAUCGACGAGAACGACGGCACACUAGGUGAAUAUGAUUAUUUGUGGACACAUGAUCUGAACUCGGACGAAACUCAUGCCGGAAUACACAAAAAUUGUGACUUCGCCUCAGGUAACAAAUCGGAGACGUGUAUUAUCUACAUGAACAAAUCAGAAGACGAGAUUGGAGACAUUGAUCCUUACAACAUCUACGCGCCAAAGUGCGACAUGUCAUCUGGAACCAAAGUUAAUAGUUUUGAUCCAUGCUCUGAUAAAUAUGUGGAGGCCUAUUUAAACCUCGCCGAGGUGAGAGCAGCUCUUCAUGCUAAACCAACAAACUGGACAUUUUGCAGUGAUGUAGGAUGGAUAGACGCCCCAAUAACCAUCCUACCCGGAAUAAAGCGGCUUAUAGCAAGUGGGAUAAGAUUAUGGAUGUACAGUGGAGACACUGAUGCGAACGUGCCAGGCACAUCCACUCGAUACUCCAUAAAGAGGCUCAAGCUACCGAUUAAGAAGCCAUGGCGGCCAUGGAACUCUGAUGGAGAGGUUGGAGGGUAUGUGAUCGGCUACAGGGGGUUAACAUUCGCUACAGUAAGGGGAGCUGGCCAUUUGGUUCCCAGCUACCAACCUCGGCGAGCACUCACCUUGAUCUCAUCUUUUCUUCAAGGGAAGCCUCCUCCUGCCUUCCCAGCCAAACCCCGAUAG